GCAUCGUCGGUGCGCUACGUCUCUGCUUUCGGUAGUCCUUUUGGGCUGCAUCCGCUGUGCGCGAAUCUUUCUUCGGAUGCGUGCGCAAGGGAAAGUGGAGAUCAGAGGCAAAGAUGGCGGGCAGCAACAAGGCGGCAGCCGCGACGUCGAGCGGCAAGCGCGCUGCUACUGCUGUUGCUGCCGAUGUAAAUGGAAGCGGCGGAAAGAAAGAGCAAAAACGACGCAAAGUGUCCCUCGCCUGUGUAUACUGCAGGCGCAGCCAUAUGACGUGCGAUGACAGUCGUCCUUGCAAGAGGUGUAUUAAGCGAGACAUUGGCCAUCUCUGCCAUGAUCGACCGCCCGCUCCUGCUUCGGCAUCGCAAGACGGAACGAGUUGGCACUCUGAGGGCACAAGAUCCUCAGGCCAAGCAGCCUUCAAAAUUCAGGAAAGUGCCGCAGGAAAGCGGGAUUCAUCCGAGUCGACGUCUCGGCUCGCCAACUCGCCAAAUGCUGGACUCACUGGAUUACCGGCGAGUGCGAUGCCAAGUGCCUUUUCAGCAGACACGACGGGACCUCAGAAUCUGCUUGAAUUCUCACAACAAGCUGGAACGAGCCACGGCUUGGGGACCGGGAUGAUGGCAGGUGUCAGCUCUGAGGGAUCAGGGAUGGCUCCAUUGCCGCUCGCAAGUAUAGGCACCGGGCCGCCUGGUUUCGCCACUCUUUCCUUUGGACCUCUAAAUUUCAGCGCAGCAGCUGCUUUAUCUGCAUCAAAUGGCGCGCUCGUGGGAACUGCGAACUCAUGGAGCUCUUCUUUCCGAUCCGGUCUCGGUGGUGCUAGUUGGCUGGGAUUGGGAGGGGGGCCCACCAGCCUGGGUGCGGAUGGGAUGGUGACACAAGGCGACAGUGCGGGGGGGAAUGAGUUCAACAUACUCAGCGAGUUUUUGGAAAGCCUCGAUGGUGGAGCAUCAUUCUUGAGCCCAGGAGCGCCAGGGGCUGGGUCGUUUGCAAAUGCAACCAAUGCGCCCUCGUCUCCCUAUGCAUCGCUGCCCGGCGGUGACGCAGGCGCGAACGGCGUUAAAGGAGAGGGUGAGGAACUGGUCAAUUUUGAUGGAAGCACGUCGGCUGCAGAUGGCGCGAUGUCUGGCGCAGAUGUAUCUGCAGACGUGCUGAACGGCUACAGCACAGUGCAGGGCUGUGAGAAGAGUGGUCCGCUCAAAGAUGGUCAAGGGACGACGAUGGACGCAAACGGUCAAAGACGCCAGCAAAGCAACGUACCCGAAGGUCCGUUUCCGGGUACGUCCACUGCAGGGAUAGUUACCAAUGCUCCAACAACCGCGGCUGCAACAUCGGCGGGCCAGGGCAACUCAACGUCGGCUUCCGCACCGGCCGCUGGUCCCUCGCUCAACUGGACGAGCAAGACAGAGCGGUUCUUCUUGACUGCAGCUGAUCAGAAGGAUGGUACUCGAGACGAGAGAUUAGGCAAAGUCAUCCAAGCCAAAUAUGAGGCCGGUCUUUUGCGACCUUACAACCAUGUCAAUGGCUACGCUCGCCUGAACAGGUGGAUGGAGCGUAACGUCAGCCCAGCGUCCCGUCGGCGGAUCCUCAAACCGCUCUCGGUGUUUAGGCCAGCUUUCCGCGCCGUCGCACAGUCUCUGACAAACAUUGACCUUAUCUAUAUAGAAGAAGCUUUUGAGCGCCUGCUGCUCGAUUAUGACCGUGUUUUCUCCACGCAAGGCAUCCCGGCGUGUCUGUGGAGGAGGACAGGAGAGAUAUAUAAGGGCAACAAAGAGUUUGCUGAGCUUGUUGGUGUGCAAAUUGAUGCGCUGCGAGAAGGGCGCUUGUGCAUCUACGAACUGAUGGCGGAAGAGAGCGCUGUCAACUACUGGGAGAAGUACGGCGCCGUCUCAUUCGAUCCAGGCCAGAAGGCAGUCCUGACGACGUGCGUGCUGAAAACUCGCAAUCCUCCACGACAGCAGAAGAGCAUCCCUGCCGCCUUGGCCGUCGCAGCGCAACUACCGCGAUCAACACAAGGCAGCACAAACGGCGAUAACACACCUGCUGCUCCGCCGAUAUCGCUCACGAACUCCACUUUGGGAGCAGGCCAGGCUCAAGCAUCUGCGACGGCAACGCCGGAUGCAGGGGACCCGGGAUACAACAAGCCCGUUAUGUCGGAUGGGCUGUUGCAAGCUAGCUCUUCGUCUGGUGCGAAGAAGGCCAUGAACGAGCCGAAGCGCGAUAGCGCAGGCUUCGUCGAGAUCAAGUGCUGCUUUAGCUUUACCAUUCGGCGAGAUCAGUGGAAUAUCCCCACGAUGAUAGUUGGUAAUUUCCUCCCGAUGAAUCCUAACUGAGCAUCUCAAACUACCUGCAAUCUACUCGUCAUAUCUCGCCAUGUAGGGUUUCAUGUAUAAUUCCCCGCCCACCUGUUGUAAGACAUACUAUCGCAUCCCCCGCUGCCGGUCAGCGCGGCGUGCACACAAAGCAAGAAUGUGGAUACCCUAUGACUAAUACCC